UUAUCACCGUCACGUGUAGCGAUAACGUUCCUAGUUUGACCUGGGGAGAAACUUGACCAACAUGAAGAGGAAAUACUGAAUACUGUCUCGACAACAUGGCUGCUAGGAUCUUCAUGCUAUUUAGUUACAUUGCAUUAUAUAAUUUAGGAAGAUGUACUUACACACCAACGACCUAUUAUUUCGACCAGGAAUGUGGCACCACUAUAGACUUCACGAAAGACAUGCUGCUAGAAUUCACAGACAACGGUACAGAGACGGAUUCGACAGAGAUGUUUUGUAGAGUUGUCGUUAUGACGAAGGAGUUGACACAGCGACUCCUCAUAACUCCGCUCAGCAUCAAUAUAACGACAAGUGACCUCUGUAACGAGACCUCACUGAUCAUACUCAACUCAGACGCGAAACCGCUCAACGAACCUCCGUGGAUAUGUGGCGAGCACCUGUCCCGACCCACGCUGAACACCUCCGGGGUCUACUCCUGGUGGGAGUACCACAAGGACGAGGGUGUGACGGAGCCCGGGGGGUUCAAGUUUCUCAUAUCUUCAUUCAGACUCGCUAAGGAUGGUUCUUGCGGUCACCAUGAGUACCACUGCAGCAACGACAACUGUGUUUCCAGCGACGUCAUCUGUAACAAUUACGACGACUGUGGGGACAACUCCGAUGAAACUACUGCGUGUCGUCUAAGCAUUUUGGAGAUUCUCAUUAUCUCUAUUGGGGGCAUACUUUGUGUCGUCACCGUGACGAGCAUCAUUGUCGUCAUCAAAAAAAGGAGAGCACAGCGGUUGUACGCGCAGAUUCAAUAAAGACUUAAUGGGGAUCAUGUUUCCACAGUGGAUGAUCAUGCUGAUUCUUUAUAAUCGAUAUUAUUGAUAGUUUGCAUGCUGCAGUUGUAUCAAUCACUGGCUUGCCGAUUAUUUAGAGUUUGUUUGUGUGUUGUUUAAC